ACAAAUCUAGGUUUACGAUUUUAGAAUGUUAGUAACAUUCAUUCAUCAUGUAGUAAAGUUUCAUGUCAACAAGAUGACAUUCAUUCAUCAUGUACUAAAGUUUCAUGUCAACAAGAUGCAUCUUCUAAUCUGGAUGCUUAUCUUCACUGUCACCCUGCCAACAACAUUAUCAGGUUGGGGUAAAUGGGAGGAGUGGUCAGGAUGUUUUGGAUUUUCUGAAAAUCGUAUACGUCUGCGAACCAGAAAAUGUCUUAAUGUAGAUCCGGAUGAGGUGAUAAAAUACUGUCCAGAGAGUGGUGAUACAGAAACUGAAGCAUGCAAGGUUAAAGUCACUUCAGGAUGGGGUAAAUGGGAGGAAUGGUCAGGAUGUUUUGGAUUUUCUGAUAAUCUUAUACGUGUGCGAACCAGAAAAUGCCUUAAUGUAGAUCCAGCUGAGGUGAUAAAAUACUGUCCAGAGAGUGGUGAUACAGAAACUGAAGCAUGCAAGGUUGAAGUCAUUCCAGAAUGGAGAGACUGGGGAGAAUGGUCAUCGUGUACAGUUUCAUGUGGUCUUGGAACACGUGUUCGAUAUCGAUCUUGCAAUAAUCCUGAACAAUACAAUGGUAGAAAAAGUUGUAGAGAAGAAGAUAAAUCAGACACUGAACAGUGUUUUACAGAUCCUUGUUCAGGUUGGGGUAAAUGGGAGGAAUGGUCAGGAUGUUUUGGAUUUUCUGAUAAUUUUAUACGUGUGCGAACCAGAAAAUGCCUUAAUGUAGAUCCAGCUGAGGUGAUAAAAUACUGUCCAGAGAGUGGUGAUACAGAAACUGAAGCAUGCAAGGUUGAAGUCACUCCAGUUCAUGGAGCUUGGGGAACUUGGAGUAAAUUUGGUUUAUGUUCAGUCACCUGUGGCAGUGGGGUGAGGCUUCGUACUCGAGAAUGCAACAAUCCCCCUGCAACCUUUGGAGGACAUCAGUGUCCUGGAAUUUCAGUAGAAAAACUAGUGUGUGAACAAGGAGAAUGCCCAAUUCAUGGAGGUUGGGGUCAAUGGCAGGAGUGGUCAGAGUGUCCAGUGACUUGUGGACUAGGUGUUCACUUCCGUAAAAGAUUGUGUAACAAUCCAAAACCUGCCUUAGGUGGAAGAAUCUGUCCAGUGGAAGAUAGUCAUGAGAGAGAAGAAUGUCACCGUAAACCUUGUCCAGUUGAUGGAGCUUGGAGUUCAUGGAGUGAUUAUGAGCAGUGCUCUGUUACUUGUGGUAUUGGUGAAAUGCGCCGUACUCGAAAGUGCAACAACCCACCCCCGGCUCAUGGAGGAAAUAAGUGCCAUGGUGUUUCUCAAAACCGAGCCACAUGUCAGCUAGGUCCAUGUCCAAUUCAUGGUCGGUGGUCAGCUUGGUCAUGGUGGAGUGACUGUUCUGUGACUUGCGAUGAUGGAAUUCGCCAUCGUUUCCGAGAGUGUAAUAAUCCACCCCCUAGUCGCAGAGGGAGGCCUUGUAAAGGCGAUAUACAGGAGAUCAUUAAAUGCAAAGCAUCCAUUCAUUGUCCAAGAGAUGGCAUGUGGUCUCAAUGGUCAGACUGGGGUCAAUGUACUGCUUUAAAUUGCAAGCAGAAGAUAGGUAAUGAAUUUCGAUAUCGGAGUUGUAAUAAUCCAUUUCCACAAUAUGGAGGAAAGAUGUGUAAUGGAAAGUUUGUACAAAGGAGUGGAGCAUGUUUGGAACCAGAAAACUGUUCAACUGAUGGUGGCUGGGGAAGCUGGUCUUUCUGGAAGUGUACUGAAAAUUUGGCCAAGAGACAUCGUUUUUGUGAUAAUCCAACUCCAAAAAGACAUGGAAAAAAGUGCACAGGCAAAGAACUUGAAGUACAUCUUCGACACACAAAUGCUAAAAUGUUUUAUAAUGUGUGUCCUGAAGCCAAACCUAAAACAGAAUUACCGGACCUAGGCUCAGGGAGUGGGAGUGGUGAUAAUGACAAUCAAGAAUAAAGUGACUAACAGGACAAGUAUACAAAUACUUAAACAUUAAACUCAUUUAUUAAACCUUGUUCUUCAUCCAGUAGUAUACAUUAAUUAUUAUAUACUUUGUUGUGUAUUGUUUGUAACUGACAAAUCAAAGAUAAAAUUUUGUUUGUAAUAAUAAAAACUUGUAAAACUUGAGUGUCAUUACUGACUCAAUAAAGUCAUUAGAUUGUCUAA